AUGUACUAUGGCACUGGCGACCCAUUAAAGAAGGGCCAAUUUGGCCUCAUCACUUACAACUUCAUCUCACCUUCGGUCAAUCUCGAUCACAGUGACUGGAUCAAGGUCGACUAUGAUGAGAAUGAGGGCCUUAAGGUCACCUUCACUAAUCAGGAUGCUUUCAAUCACGCCAAGAAGACCUGGCUCCCUAAAGACAAGGGCCUGAUUCUGAUUGUCUUCAUCGAUGCCUGCGAGGCAUAUAAAAGUGGCGAGAGAUGCUACUUCAAGGCAUCGAACCUCGAUGUGAGUCCGGACGACAUGACGAUUAUGGUCUCAGCCGAGCCACGCCAUCCGAAUGAUCUCAUUACUUCUGGCGAGUCCCAAUGGGGUUGGUGGGAUCCCUCCGAGGGGUCAAGCCUGGCAACGAAUCCCUCGAAGGCUGGAAAUGAGCAAUGCCAGGCAGGCAAUGAUGGACCCACCAACGACUUCCUGAAGCACAUUCACCCCGAUACUACCUCGAUAUCCGACAACGGGGCCAAUGACCGCCGCAGCAUCUGGUCCUGGAUCGAUGACCAUGUCGUUAAGCCAAUCGAAAAUGACGCCAAGGAAAUUCUGGGAGACAUGACUAUCAGCGACGAUUUCAACAAGAGCCUCCCAUUCAAGUUUCCUGAGUCCGGCACGGGACCCUCUGCGGUGUCACCGUGGGGCGGCGAUAGCAUGCUUCUAUGGUCGAUCGGCUCGAAGUCGAAGGCAUCUGUGGAUGUGUAUUGCGUUGGCUGCGGUGUCUCGGGAGACGCCAGGAUAAGCGGCAAAGUCAAGUGGACGCCCGCCACGGGCUUUACGGAGGGCGAGGCAGACCUGCAUCUGGACGCGCAAUUCUCGCUCAAGAUCGGUGUCGACGCCCACGCUCAGUUCAGCCAAAGCUUUUCCAAGGAAGUCUUCGAGCAUACCUUUAACAUGACGGCAUUUGGUGGUUUUUCCAUCAUACCUACCAUAGGCGUCAACGUCACCGCCGAUAUCGCGGCCGCGGCCCAGGCCGACGGCAAACUUCUAGCUGGUGCCGAGAUGGGUCUACAGGAUGCACAUGUGAUCUUCGAUCUCGUGGAGCCAUCUAGAAACGAUGUUGGGGGCUGGUGGCCAUACUUCAAGCCUGUACUUCAGGCCGACGGCGACGUCAUGGUCAGUGCGUCGAUUGGCCUCCCGAUUCGGGUUUCGUGCCAAGUUUCGAUGGGUCUCAUGAGCGUGGCGGCCACGGUGAUCGACGAGCCGUCGGUAAACGCUACUGCUCAGGCCGCGGCGUGGGCGGAGCUCAAUGGUGGCAAGGUCAAUUGGGGCUUCAACGACACGGAUGGCUGCACUGGUGUCCGGACGCGUCUGAGCUGGAGGAACAAGCUCCUCGCCGACGUGAAGAGUGCGAUCUACAGCGGCAAGAUUUUGCUCUGGGACUCAUAUGACCGGCCGCUGGGACCCAGCUGCAUCCCGUAA